AUGAGGAAGCUUUUAUACAGAACGGAGGAGGAGACAGUGGUAUAUGACAAUGUGUUGGAAGGUCUGUAUUCUUUAUAUAAAACAUAUAUAUUAGAUUUAGAAAAGGAAUUUAUGUAUUAUCAUUUUUAUAAACCUUUAUUAACAAGUGGUGAUUUUUUAUCAAAGCCUAUGAUAUUAUUAUUAGGUCAAUAUUCAACAGGUAAAACAACAUUUAUUAAACAUUUAAUUGAAAAAGAAUAUUGUGGUAUGAGAAUAGGUCCUGAACCUACUACUGAUAAAUUUGUAGCUGUUAUGUAUAAUGAGAAAGAACAAUUAAUACCAGGUAAUGCUUUAGUAAGUGAUAUAACAAAACCAUUUUCACAACUAGAAAGUUUUGGUAAUAGUUUUUUAUCUAAAUUAGAAUGUUCUAAUACAUCUAGCGAAGUAUUAAAAUCUGUAACUAUUAUUGAUACACCAGGUGUUUUAAGUGGCAUAAAACAAAUAAGUCGCGGUUAUGAUUUUGAAAAAGUAAUAUAUUGGUUUGCACAACGAGUUGAUUUAAUAUUAUUAAUUUUUGAUGCUCAUAAAUUAGAUAUAUCAGAUGAAUUUAGAAGAUGUAUACAAGCUAUAAAAGGACAAGAUUCUAAAAUUCGUAUAAUAUUAAAUAAAGCAGAUACAAUAAAUACUCAACAAUUAAUGAGGGUUUAUGGUUCAUUAAUGUGGUCUUUAGGUAUUGUUAUAAAUACACCAGAAGUUAAUAGAGUUUAUAUUGGAUCUUUUUGGGAUAAAAAAUUAAUGCAUGAUGAAAAUAGAACUAUAUUUGAAGAAGAAGCAUCUGAUUUGUAUAAAGAAAUUUCUAAGAUUCCUAGAAAUUCUACAAUGGUUAGAUUAAAUGAUUUUAUUAAAAGAUGUAGAACAUUAAAAGUUCAUAUUUAUUUAUUAACACAUUUAAGAAAAAAAUUACCAUUUUUUAAAAAAUUCCUAAAUAAAAGAAAAAUUGUCAAUUCUUUAGAAAAAAUAUAUGAGGAAGUUUCUAAAGAUUAUAAUUUACCACUUGGAGAUUUCCCUCCUGUACAGUUUAUGAAAGAAAAAUUAUUAGAUAUGGAUUGGUUGAAAAUUCCUAAAUUAGAAACUAAAAAAAUUGAUAGGAUAAAUAAAGUUUUAAAUACACAUAUACCACAAUUAUUAGAAAUGAUUCCAAAAGAAUCUGUUACUGUUGAAGUAUCAAGAUUUGAAAAUCAAGAAGGUACUAUUGUUGAAAAUAAACUAACACCAUUCUUAGAAUUAACAUCAGGAGAAAUACCCUUAUGGGUAAAACAAAAAUAUUUAUUAAGCCCAAUUGAUACUUCAAAGUAUUCUGAUGAUUUUUAUAAACUUGGUCCAAAUGAUUUUGGAAAAUUAUCAGGAGAACAAGUUAAACAAGAUCUAAUAAAAAGUAAAUUACCAAGUGCCGUUCUACAUAAAAUUUGGAAUCUAGCAGAUAUAACAGAAGAUGGAUAUCUCGAUCUAUUUGAAUAUUCCUUAGCUAGACAUUUCAUAGAAAUGAAAAUUGAGGGAUUCGACUUACCUGCCAAGGUACCCAAAGAUAUUAUUAAAUAA